GGACUACCAUCUGUCCUUCCCGCCACACUUGGAAUGACAGAGACAGCCACUGGUAGAGGUUUCAUGGCCUCAAGCCUCACCCAACUGCCCACCAGGGAGUGGAAGGCAGCAGGUGGGGGCAGGGAGACACUGAGGCCGUGGCCUUGGUCUGAGGUUGUGACCUUGUUUCUAACACUGAUCUUUGGACACAAAGGGAGAGGAAUGAUUAAUAGUUAAUCCCCACCAGGAACCCAACAAAGAGGAAUUCUCAAGGCACUUACCCUUCUGUUACUUCUUACUAAAAAGGGAAGGAAAUUAUUAUUUAUUGCACUCUUGCCAUGGGCUAUGCCCUGGACCAUGUGCUUUUACCUGGACUACCUCAUUUUAUGCUUACAAUAACCUUAUGAGGUAGGGACUUUUGCCCCUGUUUUUCAGAGGAAGAAACUGUAGCUUAAACUAUUAGGGUCAUUUGCCUGAAAUUCCACAGCCAGUAAAUGAUUGAGGGAGGAUUUAAAUCUGGUUCUUCCAUACGUGACAAUGCCUGGCAUUCCUCAGGUGCUGAUUAAGUGUUUGUUUUGCCUCCUUUCUGCCUACCUGCUAACCCAAGCAGGUGUAGGGAAGAGGUGGUGUUCAGGGCCCCCAGCACCUAGCCUUCUACUGGAGGGGCCACGGUACCGCAGUCAUCACAGGUACCAACCUCACAGAAUAGUAAUCACAUGCACAGAAAGCUUUGUUGACAAGGUUCUUUCACGCACCUUAUCAUGGUCUACGGGAGCUGAGUGCCCUGAUACCUGAAGAUGUUUCUGACUCCUUCCCGACCUUCAGCCUACUGAGAAAGAGAUUGGGAAGCAGCCAUACCAGGUGAUAAGCCUCAGAGGGGCAAAGUCCCCCUCCCUGUGACAUGCAUGGGUGCAGAGCUCCCAUUCCUGUGGGAGGGAGCUGGGCAUCUGGGUGGUGGUUGGGCUAUCUGUUCAAGGGUUGUGUCCAUCCCUGUGACAGCCAGUAGAGCAGAGCCUGUAGCUGAGAUGGUACUGCCUUCCGGAAGGGGAUCAUGGAUCGGAUAACUUAUAACCCCUCCUCCUGAAAGGACUUUAGUCUUUGGAGCUGUCAGAGGAGCUGAGUGAGAUAAGAGCUCUGCCAGGCAAGCCUGAAGGAAGGGAGGGAACACUUACCAGCUGCCGCUGCCCAGUCAAGACACACAUCAUGGAGCCAAGGGCGGCCCAACUGCGGAGGAGAGAAGGGCUAGGAGGAGAGCAGGAGGACCGGCCCUCCAGAGAAGGGGAGCCCCACUUUGGGAAUGCAGAAUGCCCAGGAAACAAUGAGACACAUAGAGGCCCAGAUUUGCUACAAUGGACCCGACAUAUGCAGGCUGUGAAGAUGCAGUUGCUGGAACAAGCACAAGGCCAGCUGACGGAGCUGCUGGAUCAGGCCAUGUGCGAGGCUAUUCAAGCCUACCCGCCACAAGACAGACCAGUGCCCUCCAUCCCUCCAGAUUCCUUGCGCAAGACCCGGGAGCCAUCCCUGGGGAAACGGAAAGUUUUCAUCAACCGCAAGUCCCUGCUUGACGAGCUGAUGGAGGUGCAGCAUUUCCGCACCAUCUACCACAUGUUUAUCGCCGGCCUGUGUGUCUUCAUCAUCAGCACCCUGGCCAUCGACUUCAUUGAUGAGGGCAGGCUGAUGCUGGAGUUUGACCUACUGAUCUUCAGCUUCGGACAGCUGCCCUUGGCGCUGGUAACGUGGGUCCCCAUGUUCCUGUCCACUCUGCUGGUGCCCUACCAGGCCCUGCGGCUGUGGGCGAGGCCCCAGUCCAGAGUGGCCUGGACGCUGGGGGUGGGCCUGGGCUUCAUGCUGCUGGCCGGCCACACAGCAGUGCUCAGCGUCCUUCCGGUCCAUGUAGCCUUGGAGUAUCAGCUCCCGCCAGCCUCCCGCUGUGUCCUAGUCUUUGAGCAGGUCAGGCUCCUGAUGAAAAGCUACUCCUUCCUGAGAGAGAUUGUGCCUGGGACACUUCGGGCCAGAGGAGGUGAGGGGAUCCGGGCCCCCAGUUUCUCCAGCUACCUCUAUUUCCUCUUCUGCCCCACACUCAUCUACAGGGAGACUUACCCCAGGGAGCCCUUCAGCACCCGUGCCCUGGUGCUCUCCAUCAUGCACGCCACCUUGCCAGGCAUUUUCAUGCUGCUGCUCAUCUUCUUUGCCUUCCUUCACUGCUGGCUCAACGCCUUCGCAGAGAUGCUACGAUUUGGAGACAGAAUGUUCUAUCGGGACUGGUGGAACUCGACGUCCUUCUCCAACUACUACCGCACUUGGAACGUGGUGGUCCACGACUGGCUGUACAGCUACGUAUAUCAGGAUGGGCUGUGGCUCCUUGGUGGCCGGGCCCGAGGGGCAGCCAUGCUGGGCGUGUUCCUGGUCUCUGCAGUGGUCCACGAGUACAUCUUCUGCUUCGUCCUGGGAUUCUUCUACCCUGUCAUGCUGUUGCUCUUCCUUGUCAUUGGAGGGCCACUGAACUUCAUGAUGCAUGACCGGCGCACGGGCCCAGCGUGGAACGUGCUCAUGUGGACCAUGCUCUUUCUGGGCCAGGGCAUCCAGGUCAGCCUGUACUGCCAGGAGUGGUACGCACGGCGCCACUGCCCCCUGCCCCAGACAACCUUCUGGGGGCUGGUGACACCUCGAUCUUGGUCCUGCCAUACCUAGAGGUCAGGGCACGCUCACUGCCCAGAUGACACCACCAAGUUCUCUGCCUGCAAAGCCUGGGACCAGGGCUUCUCUCUGAAUUCCCAGACCUAGCUCUGAGUCAAGGGGGGCCUGCCAUGCCUGACCCCACCAGAGAACUCCAAGGACUGAGAUCUGUGGACCUGUGGGCAGGUGAGCACAGACUCAGAAUGGUGGUGGCUCUUGAGCCCCCAGCCCCGUGGGUUGGGCAAAGGGCCCCCUCUCACUCCAUGGCUGUUCAGACUGGGGGAGACACGAAGGGCCUUACAGAUUUGGUGAAGGUGGGGUGACUUAAAGCAACUCGGGCCAUCAAGGUCUGAGAGGUGUUUGUUUCUUUCUUUGUGCUCUUUCCAAUACAAUAAUAAACUCUUUGUAUCGCUUUGUAUU